CGUCCGCAAGCUUGCUCCGACAACACCAGCCAGAAUCUCCCAGGAACCGCCCUCGAGCUCCAUCAAUUGCCCACCAUGUCGGAGACCAAGGAGAUCGAUUACACCCUCAACAACCCCGAUACUCUCACCAAGUACAAGACUGCUGCCCAGAUCUCCGAAAAGGUUCUGGCUGCCGUGUCUGAGCUCUGCGUGCCUGGUGCAAAGAUCGUCGAUGUCUGCCAGCAGGGUGACAAGCUGAUUGAGGAGGAGAUUGCCAAGGUCUACCGCGGAAAGAAGAUCACCAAAGGCUUUUCCCACCCGACCACUGUCUCUCCUUCUUCUUACGUGACCCCCUACACUCCUCUCACAACCGAUGAGAGCGAGGCCUCAGCCGAGAUCAAGGAGGGAGAAGCCAUCAAGAUCCAGCUUGGAGCUCAGAUUGACGGAUUUGGAUCCAUUGUCUGCAACACUGUUCUCGCUACCGAAAAGGACAAGGCCGCUGAGCCUAUCACUGGACGCAAUGCCGAUUUGAUUCUCGCCACGCAUUACGCCAAUGAGCUUCUUCUGCGACUCAUGAUUCCCCCUGGACUGCUUGCUCAAGGUACCGACGAGGAGAAGGCCAAGGCUGCUUCGCAAAAGGCCCCUACCCAGGCCAAGAUCACCAGCCUUCUGGAGAAGGUCUGCGAGGCCUACGACACCAAGCUGGUCGAGAGCACCACAUCCUGGCUGUUUGCCCGCAACGACAUUGAGGGUGCCAAGAAAAUCGUCCUCGCCCCCGCUGAGGGAACCAAGGGCGAUGGUGUGCCCGAAGUGGGCGAGGUCUGGGGUGUUGAGAUGGGCGUGAGCCUGGGCUCCGGAAAGGUCAAGAGCUUGGACCAGCGUGCAACUCUUCACCGCCGAACAAACCAGACUUACCAGCUGAAGCGCCCUACCUCCAGGAAGAUCCUUUCCGAGGUGCAGAAGAAGUUUGGUACCUUCCCCUUCAGCUUGAGACAGCUGGAGGAUGAGCGUGAUGCCAAGUCUGGCGUUGUCGAGUGUGUUCGAAGCAACGUUUUCCGCCAGUACGAGCUUGUCGGUGACAAGGACAACCUCCCCGUCGCCAGACUCCUCACAACUCUUGCCAUCACCAAGAACGGCAUCACCAAGCUGGGCGGCGCCCCUGAGCUCGACCUCAGCAAGUACCAGACUGACAAGAAGAUCACCGACGAGGAGAUUCUCCAAAUCCUUGAGCAGCCUCUGGCCAGAAAUACCGGAAAGAAGAAGUCUAAGCCCAAGAAGAAGGCGACCAAGGCCGACGGAACUGCCGAGGAGGGAGCCGAUGGCGAGGAGUAAAGCUUCGGAAACUUGUAUUCGUGUAAAGGGUCGUGUUUGUUGAGUAAAUGGCUGCCCAGAGUUAGGAUAAAGCCUUGUUGAUACUUAGGCAGAAAAUCCGCUCGACGAAACAAAAGAGAUGAGGAAAAAAAAUACAUUUCGGCUUUACAGUUCGUGUAGGCCAAGAGACGGGAUUUUCUGCCCAACACAAUCUAUCUAGGGGAUAGCGGUGGGCUACGAUAGAGGGCUCGUGAGACUAGUGAAGCGAGGCAGUAUAUAUAAAACAUCAAACACAAACUUCGUCUCGAGGC